CUUUUCUUUUUCUAUUGUUACUUUAUUAUUCAAUUCACAUUUAUUUCUUACAAUGCUUCAUUUGCUCGGUGUCAACCUUCCCGACCAAAAAGUGGUCUCCGUUGCGCUUACAUACUUUUAUGGCAUUGGACCACUAACGGCACGCCAAAUCUGCUCCAAGCUCUCCUUCCACAAGGAAUGCAAGCUCAGCGAACUAACUGAAGGCCAACUCAAUCAGCUCUCCGGUGUCCUGUCCGAGAUGACGAUCGAGAAUGAUCUGAAGCGCCAGGUUACGGCCAAUGUACAGCAUUUGCGUCAAAUUGGUACGUACAUUGGAAAGCGUCAUGCCAUGGGGUUGCCUGUGCAUGGUCAGAAUACUAGGAAUAAUGCGCGGACGGCAAAGAAACUUAAUGGAAAGAUGCUGCGCAAGUAUUCGACCGCUGCGACGACGGCUUUUGGGAUGCUUCAGUCGCCGAUUUCGAAGCGCAUUUGACUAAAAAGGAUAUAAGUGAAGAAGAGAGCCGGAGGGAUGGGUUUUUGUGUAUAGAGCAGAAAAUAGACAAGGGGUCUGGUGGACAAAGUGUUGAAGUAUGAACAGCUUUUUUAUAUAUAUUUUCGAAUUAGUUUUUCUUAGUCGUCAAUUGCAAAUAAAAAAGGUUGAAAUAAGCGCAC